AUCCACCCUGGGACCAAAGGUCUGAGGUGUUGACCAGGCAGCUCCAUCUCCGUUGGGCAACAUAAGUGCUGUCUCGCCCCCUCUCUCCUUGCACAGCCCUGGAGCUGACACACAGUUGAACAACAUGGGGCUGCAACUUGCUUUGAGGAAUAUACCGUUUCUUAUGCUGGUGUUUCCGAUGUGGGGCCAAGCCCAACAACUAUGCUCUGCUCCGGAUGGGACUGUAACAGAAAACAACGCCGUUGGAGAUGUUGUUACCACCAUCCAGAAGCUCAACCCAGGAGUCGCUCUCGCAUUCAUUGAUCCUCCACUUGACAACCCAUUCCGCCUCGAGGAAAACCGAAUGAUAGUGACCAGGGCAUUGGACUUUGAGGCAGGUGAUAAUUACAUAAUGAAAAUCAAAUGCACGGAUACAGCUAAUCCAGCGUUCAACAUCGAAAUCCGUGUGGUAGUCAUUAUAAAGAAUGUGAACGAUGAGGGCCCUACGUUUUCACAGAACUCAUACGACCUCAACGUCAAAGAGUUUACCCCUGUGAACGACGUUGUUGGGACUUACGACGCCACUGACAAGGACUCAACAGCACUUUACUACAGACUGAUCGUAGAACCAGACGUAGGAUUUGGAUUGGAAUCUCUUAACAACGGAAGAAUUGUAGUGAAAAACCUUCUGGACUAUGAUGUGAUUAAAAGUGUGAAACUAACACUUUACGCUCAGGACACAACAGAGCCCCCACCUGAAGGUGUACCGUCUUUCACCGCCAGCACCACCAUCAUGGUCACAAUCACUGAUGAUGACAACAGACCCCCCUGGUUCCAGCCAUGUGAUGUCAUCAGCGUUGGACCGAGUAAAAUCUGCCAGACCUAUGGCUACACAGGAAGUGUGAGCCUUACAGAGCAACAGGCGGAUGCCUUAACUUUGGAGCCAGGACCACUUUAUGCUGUGGAUGGUGAUAAUGGAAUUAACACAGCAAUGGUAUACUCAAUUUUAAAUGGAAACACAGGAAAUCUGUUUCAAAUCAAUGCGAACAGUGGAAACAUUACAAUGACGAAAGCUGCGGAUGUCCCCGGCCCAAUCGUCCUCAGUGUCAUGGCUGCACAAACCGUCAAUAGCUUCCAAUUUGCCACAACAACAGUCACAAUCCAGGUUGUCCCCAAGAGUCUGCAUGAGCCAGUAUUUGAGGGGGCUCCAUACAGUGGCGUUGUCUCUGGCCUGGGCUCCAUGGUUUUUAAAUCAACUGACAAUACGCCCCUGAUAAUCCAGGCUACAGAUGAAGACUUCCUUGGGGGGGAGAAUCCUGACAUUGUGUAUGCAAUCAUUGGAACCAGCAAUUUCUCAAUAAUAGGGCAUAACUUGUUCUUGAUGAAGGACUCUCCAUUGGGUGCCGUUUCCCUACAGGUCGAAGCAAGGGACACUGCAGUUGGAGAUGUAAUAACAGCCGAAGUGCAGGUAGAAGUGACCUCAGGGCAGCCAACCACAACGUUGGCUCCAACCACUAGCUCUGAACCUCAAACCGAUUCCAGUACGACAUCCAUUCCUACUUCUAGUCCCCCUGGGUCUACUCUUGACAGUAUUACUACUGACGGCAGCAUGACAACUCAAGGCAGUGAUUCAACUGCCAGCUCAACACCUUCUCACCCAGCUGCAGGUGGAGCUGGCAGAUACGGUGCAUCAGACAUGGCGGCCCUCGGAGCCACCCUGGCCGUUUUACUAUUCAUAUCUCUGGGAAUCAUUGGAUACUUGGUUUAUCGUGUCCAACACGGAAAAGCAGCCUGGGGGAAACUUUCCGAAGCCAGUGUUUUCCGAAGUUCUCUCGGUCGAGGUCCAGGGGGUCCUAACGACGGCGUCCAGUACACCAAUGAAGCGUUCAAGAAGGACGAAGACUCGGACAGUACGGGGCAGGCCAGUCCCGCGGAGCUCAGGCGCAAGCUGAGUGCAGAGACGGCGUCCACCAUGACCAGAAACACAGCCGCCACAGAGGAAAUCGUUAUGAAGUCUGCAGCAACCCUCCUGGCCAUGUUGCCUGAAGAAGAGGGGAGCACGUCGGAGAUGGACGGAGUGGACGGCGAGAAGGAGGUGAAGCCCAUUCUGACCAAGGAGAGGCGCACGGAGGAGGGCUACAAGUCCGUCUGGUUCAAGCAGGACAUCGUGCCGGACGCCAAGGAGGACGUGCACAUCAUCCCAGACAACACGGAGCAGGAUGCCGAGGAAGACGACGAGGCAUCGACCUCAAGCGGAAACGAAGAGGACUCAACGCCCGGACGGAAAGUGAUGUUUGGUGAUGUGAACCUGGACAGCGGCUUGGAAGUCAAGGCUUCAGAUUCAGGGUCAGAUUCAGAAAAUAAUGAAAUUGUGACGUCAGAUCUGUGAGAGAAGGUUGAUUCAGAAAGAAUUUAAUAACUUUAAGAUAAUUUAAGAUGAUUCACGCACUAAAAUCAUCCAGCGGGGACAAUCCCAUGACAUUGGAAUGGGCUAUCCCCUGCCACCAGUCAGAAGCACUUUUGUCUUUGUUGAGCGCUGUCUCUGUGAUUUUGUUGUAAAUGUUAUGCAACUCUAGUGCCACAGAAUGAUAUAUAUGACAUAUAUAUUUUUUUUUAUGUAUCAGUAAUCAUAAUGUCCUUUAUAAUUACAAUUAAAUUGUGUCUAUUUUAUGUAAAUAUGUAAAUAUUUAAAAUCUGUUGUGAAACACUGCCAUAUGACAAAAUGUAACAAAUAUAUUUAUAAUCUUUUUUAGAUUUUCUUUUCCAUUUCCAAGUCUUUAGGGGAUUCUCCAAGACACUGGCCAGUGGCCACUAUAGAAUGAAUAGGGACCCAAAAGGACCAGACCGCUCCAGGAGCCUAUGGAAGGCUAAAGCGUCAAUGCAUGUAUACAUGACGGACAAAUGCAUAUUGACUUUGUCUGUUUAAUAUUUUCCCCUCACUAAAUGCAAACUAUAAAAGGACAAGGAGAUACAGCAAGUAAUAAACAAUGUUGGUUUGAAA